AUGGUGCUACUAUGUUUCGUCUUGGAUCUGAGGAAUAUCUCUCCUUCUCUGAUCGGAGAUCUCAAGCAGUCGUUUCUGAAACUCGCCAAUUUACACACCAUUUCGUCUCCGGUAGAUUCUCUCACUGAUCGGAUCGGUUUGUGUUAUAUACUCAAGGAUCGGAUUUCUGGAAACGAUCAGUUAAAGUUUGCGUACACUCCCAAUGGAAACUUCAGUCUUCGAGAUUUUCAUCACGCUGUUAACAGUUUGCCUUUGGAUGCGUUUAUACCAGAGAUCGAUGAAUCGGGAGCCAUAUCUUGCAGAGAUCUUAAGCUGUCACGUGUUCUGUGUGAUCGAGCUUUGUACUCAUGGGGAAGUAGAGAUAUCAUGAGGAAAGUUAUUGUGCUGAGUUCAUGUUUUCCCGAAGAUAUGGAUUUUGAAGCGAGAAACACUCUUAUGGCUGCAGCAGAUAAAUGUGUAUCGGUUGAGUUUCUUUUGCUUGAGAAGAACACUAGCCACCUGAGGUACACGCAGGACAAGAUUAAUAGAUUCCUCAGAUGCCUAUCCGAUCUUGACAAUUGUUCAUUUCAAACAUGCAUCCCCGAUGGAAAAUCACUUCAUGGACUUGAAAAGAGAUGGCUUCAGGAUCUAAAGGAUGAAACUGGAGAAUCACUGCAGGCCCAGUUUAUGUUCAAAAGUAACCUUUUUGGCUCAGUGAACAAGAUCAUCUGCAAUUUCACUGCAGCUGCAAAUCGGAUUGUCGACGGAUUUAUCCCUUGUCAAACAUGCAGGUGCCACGGCAUAGAGUUACGAAAUCCAGCAGAAAGCACAACGGAGAAGCUGCAAUGCUCUGUUACCAAUCAUGAUCUUGGAAAGUAUGAUGUGAUUGAAAAUUCUGUGAAAGUUGGUGAGAGAACUCUUCUGUUUUUGCCUUCAAUCCAGAGCCUACAGAAACUUCAUACAAUUUCUUCCCAAGUUGAUUUCACUGUCAUAGAGAGGACUAAUCUAACUUCUCUCAAUGAAGGCCUAACACUUGGGACGCCUUACAUUGUAAGCCCUUCGACUUGUCAUGAAACGGAACCUUGUUCAGAAGAAAUGGAUCAACCAGAUCUGAACACUCAGAUUUUUCAGGGUCUAUGUGGUGCACUAUAUACAAUGGACCAAGGCUUAAUUUGCUCUUCAAACUGUAAUCUAGACAUCAUGAAAGUCGUGGAAUUUCAUUGUUAUUACAUUCUUCAACCGUCAGAGAAUGGUCUGAUGCUUCUGAGGAGAUUGGCAGGGUCAGAGGAAUUCCUGCCUAUUUCUAGUGUCAGUCAGUUUGCAGAGUCCUCUAUUCCUAGAGAAAUCGAGAUUUCUGUCAAAGGCGCUUUGUUAGAGAUUGAGUCAACAGACUACAAUCCUCUGAACCACAACAGAGGCUUCCACCAAAAACUGAACCUCAUCGUGAAAGAAAGUCUUCAAUUUGGUUCACUAGAUUCAAAUACGGUAGACGCAACAUGUGAAGUGAGCUCAGUGGUUUCAGAUUCUGUAAUUCCAACGAAACCGACAUUUCCAAUCAUAGUACCUCCAUCCGUAGAAGAAGUAACACAUCAGGUAAUCCAGAUAACUGAUGAAGAAGAGAAAGCAACAGCUUCAAUUACUAAAGAAUGGGAACAACUAAUAGUCACUGAGGUUCAUACGAAGUCUUCUUCUCCGGUUGUAACUACACCCAAACCAGAAAUAGACCGCCAAUUUCUGUCGCCUAACAAUAAGAAGGCCGAUAUAAAAACGUCGAUAAUAUUGGAAAGACUUGAAGCUCCGAGGAAGAUGAGAGGAAAAGUUGGAUCAUCACCAAACGUAGCCAUAUAUAGUCAAACCUCACCAGAUAUGUCUCAGAAGAAGCCUCUGAUUCCUUUUCAGACAAGUCAGGCUUCUAAUUACCAAACUGUUUCAUCAAGCCAGCUUAUGAAACCCAGCUUUCAGAGACUGAAAAGAAAGCAUAAGUGA